UUUUGAGUAAUGUCUCCAGCAGGGUCUACUAGGUGGUGUCCAACACCACAGCAGCUUAUGAUGUUGCAAGAGAUGUAUAGGAGUGGGAUCAGAACCCCAAAUGCCUCUCAAAUCCAACACAUCACUUCUCAGCUCUCCUCGUAUGGCAGGAUCGAAGGCAAGAAUGUGUUUUAUUGGUUCCAAAACCAUAAGGCAAGAGACAGACAAAAGCUUAGAAAGAAACUUGCCUGCAGGCAAUCACAACAUCCAUACCAUCUUUAUCAUCAUCGUCAUCUUCUUCACUACUUGGAUUCUCCUGCUGCAACAUCCCCUGCUUUUCCACAUCUUUUCCCUCAGGCAGGGAUUCACGAUGAAGCAGCAAAUCAAGUGAUGAACUAUCCCUGGAAAUUUUGUAUCCCAGAUAGAAUGGACAAGAAUAAGGGCAUUAUGAGAAUGUACGGCGGUGAUUGGUUGAUGAUGGUUGAUGCGGCUCCUCCUUUAUCAUCACCACCACCACCCCCGCCGCCGCCAUGCUACUCCUUGAUCUCCAGGCCACCCCUUAAAACCCUUGAACUUUUCCCGCUCACUGCUUCAAAUCUCAAGGAAGAGUGCAACGAGAACGUCCACAACAGCACCGACUCUUCGAGUUCACUUUCUUCAUUUUCUUGUAACAUCGAACCGGCUAAAAUAACCCUAAGCCUCCCUUAA